UUUUUUUUCCCAAACCAGUUAAGCGCAAACCACGCCCCCUUACGUUAAAAUCCCACCCCGCAGCCGUGACUCUCGCCUCUGCUUCAAUUUCAUUGGUCAAAUGUGUUACGUAGUCACCUAAGCGGUUCAGACGUCUCCUUAAGGCAAGGCUGUAUAUAUAUUAUGGAUCCGAAUUUGGCGCUGACAAACGCGGAUUACGCUUGUUCUGGCUGUGUUAAUGAAGACCAAGCCUCACAUCUGAAGGACUGGUUACCUUCUGGGUAUAAUUAUCAUUUCUGCACCUACACUACACAAGGCACAUCAAACUUGGACCACAAAAGUUUUGAGGUAUCACUCAGAAUUGCACUGAAAGAAAUUUGUGAGGUUAAGGAAUGGGUGAAAAAGCUUAGUGAGUCAUCAGGAGUGAGUUGGAGAGUGGCAGUGACCAAACCAAGUAAGGGACAACGUGUGCUUUAUAAGGCUCAUUAUAGGUGCCAGCAUAAUGUUUGUGUCCGAUCAGGCAUGGCUAAUCAAAGACGGCUGUCAAAAAAUACACAAUGUGGGGCAAAAAUGGUUUGCACUCUGGUAAAUACUGUAGACACAAGGGGAGCAUCUAGUAGGAGCAAAGAUCCCCAUAUACCCACCUACCCAACCUCUGUGCGUUUGUACAAUGUACAUAAUCAUAACAUCUUUGUUGCGGAGGCACUGAGGCACAGGGAUGUGGGAGUCAAGGCAAUUGAGACCCUGACUCAGUUGUUUGAGAUUGGGCACAACCCAACCUCAGCUCUGGCUGUACUUAAAAGUGACCUGCUGGCUGAGCAUGGUAACAAAUAUGUAUAUGCCUCAGCCAACCGUACCCUUUGCCCAGACCUUCAGUUUUGCUACAGACUGUAUCAGAAGGUGAAUAAACAGGAAUUUGGAGAGCAGAGUGGGGAGGGAAUGCUUGUAGCUUUGGAAAGGCAGGUAGAAUCCUACAAUGCAUCAUGUGAUGACACCUGUGCUAAGCUUAGUAUGUCCUCAGCAGGAACACCACUUGUAGCCAUUUGUUCCCCCUUGAUGAAACGAACACACAGCCUUUCCAAUAGUGGAGAAAUGUGUUUUAUGGAUUCAUCUGGUAACAUGGACCGUGAGAACUGCAGGGUGUUUCUCCUUCUUACACACACCUGUGCAGGUGGUCUUCCUCUUGGUAUAGUUAUAACCCAGUCAGAAGAUGAGAGAACAAUUAGUGAGGGAUUGGAGCUGCUGAAGUCCUUACUGAAGAAUGAUGCCUUUGGAGGGCGAGGUGAGGCAGGCCCUUGUGUGUUUCUUACAGAUGACUCAAAGGCAGAAAAGGGAGCUAUAGCCCAGGUCUUUCCUGAAGCCAAACAGCUGCUCUGCAUAUUUCAUCUUCUUCAAGCUGUGUGGAGGUGGUUGUGGAACAAAGAACACAAGGUUGAGAUGAAGGACAGACAAACACUGUUCAGCAUAGUCAAAGACAUGCUUUAUGCCAGGGAGAUGAGUACAGUUGAAUUACUCUAUCAGCAAGCUCUUGACAACCCUUUGACCACCAGAAACAAGAAGUUCUUGACUUAUUUACAGAGUCUUUAUAGUCGACGCGAAAGUUGGGCUCUCAGCUACAGGAGGGACUUGCCAACACGUGGCAAUCAAACAAAUAACUAUGUGGAAGCUGCAAUGCGUGUAUUGAAAGACAAAAUACUUCAAAGGACGAAAGCAUUCAACCUUCCUCAAUUAUUCAACCUUUUCACCACCCGACUAGAGAUGUACUAUGAAGCACGUGUGACAGACAUCGCACUUGGCCAUUGGGAGGCAUUUCACCGGUCAAGAUUCCUUGCUACAGAAAGUAAUAUUAAACCAUCUGAUAUUUCUCAGGUUGGAGAGAAGAAGUUUCAGGUGAAAUCCUCCACAUCAGGACACACUUAUACCGUGGACAUGGAGUUGGAGCUCUGCACAUGCCCAGCUGGCCAUAGCGGGGCACCAUGUAAACACCAAGCAGCAAUAGUGCAACAUUACAACAUCACCUCUAUCAACUUUCUCCCCACAACAGCUGAAAUGAGGGCUGAUCUGCUGAAAAUAACAAAAGCCUCAGUUUCUCUUGACUUCCUGAGUCCUUUACGGCAAAAAAUGCCUAUGUCAAGCACAUUAGCUCCAGAUGUGCCUCCAAGACAAGAAACCUGCAAUACUGAUCAUCAGUACUAUCUUAGUGCUCAAGAUGAUGUAGACCAUCAGCUGGCCGUGUCUACCUUCAGCUCUGCACAAUUACCCCCAGUUUCACCUACUCCAGAAGGCUCAAACUCCAACCUACCCUGUGUGCAGAGUAAUUCAAAAAGUGCAUCUAUACCUCAGUCUCCUGUAAGACGGAUGCUAAGACUGCUCGGUGAACUGUCUGAAACCUCUGACUACAGUGAUGCCAUGAACACAAUGGCCAAGCAGCUUGAAAAGAUGCAGCACAACCCGAGCCAACUGAUCUCUGCAUUUUGCUGUUUUGGUAAAGGAAUGUCAGUGUCAAAGCGUGCAGCAGCAUUAAGACGAGCUGCUAGACGACCAGGACCUAUUAUUGGCUGUCAGCCAACAGCAGUGGCACGAAGAACAAAUAAGUUUGGUUCUAAGCGGCGUUUGACAGCUGGACGACCCAGAAAAAUUUUUUCUGGUUCAGAGCAUGACUACAGCAGACAUGCAGGAAAUGGGGGGAAAAGGGCUGUAAGGGUUCGCCACAGAUUGUCAGAAUCUGUGGCAAUGAAUUACUCACAUCAACACUAGAAUAAUAUUUGUAUGUGGAAUUUGUGUUGAUGGGUUAAGUGUUUCUAAUUUGUUCCUCCUGAAUGUUUUAAAAUGUUAAUUAGUAGAUUAGUUAAUGCAAAUACAGUAUUAUUAAUGAAUUCUAUGAAUGAAUGCUUUCAGGUUAUAAAGCCAAAUUAAAACCAUAUUCGGACUCUUGUUUACAGUAAAGGAUGCGUGAAAUUACAUUUUCUCUGUGCAAUACAUUUUUGAUAGCUGUUGUAUGUAAAAGUGUCUUUGUGUACAAGGGCAGUUUUGUGUUUUAUCCAUUUAAUAAAAAUGUUUUUAUGAGUAGUAGUCAUUACAUUAGUGCAAAUAUGACAUAGGCCUAUGCUGACUGGUCUUUGCAGUGUUGCUUUAAAUUGAACCCAUCUGAUGUCUUUAAAUUCUAGACUUAGACUGCAUUAUAAUAAGGUACUAUUGUUUACAGCGCUAUAUUAACUCUCAUAUCCAAAUUUUAACAAUGAUUUAAGUUAAAUAAAUUUACACUCACAUUACUCACAUUUAAGAGGCUCACAAUUUAGUCAAACUUUACCUGCAUAAUGUUAAAAAAAAUAC